AUGGAACUGUCUAUCUCCAACAUUUUUGCACUGUACACUUCGAAUCUUCUGUGGAGCCUUUUCCUGACCUCAACUGCUCUGCAUGCUAUCGCUCUCAUUACAAGUCCUAUGCAAGCAGUGCUGAAAUGGUAUCGACGUCAAAGUAGCGACAGCGACACGUGCUUGCCAUAUCUAUGUGCAGUCAUUGGGUCUGGAUUGUGGUUGCGGUACUCCAUUUUCAUCCAAGACACGAAGCUCAUCCUUCUACAAUCCUACGCUGUCAUAAUGCAGAGCUUUUUUCUAGUUGCGUUGAUAUUCUAUCGUUCGAAAAAGCGACGGCUCAUUCGACUUGUCAUUCUCAUAGCUACCGUCAUUUUCCUUCUAUUUUACUAUAUUCAAGGAAUGAAUGAAGAUGAUGGCAAACAGGCGACUGGAAGUAUCGCAUCGGCAGCACAAAUAGCUGGAUCUCUCGUUUGCCCUUACUUAAUCUAUAAAGCGGUGACAUCGAGAUGCAUCGACUUCGUUCCACUUGCUCCUGUUGCAUUCACAUGGAUAAUGGAAUUUCAUGCAAUUGUUUACAGUAUAGGAUUAGAUGACUUCUAUAUGCUGCUUGCCAACACUAUAUUUUUCUGCAUGGAUGGAUCACUUCUUGCGAUGUUUUUCAUCUUUCCCAAUGAAAAGCCACGUCACUGCAGCGUCGAGACAUCGUGA